AUGGUGAAGAUAUUCGACGCCGAAGAAGUCGCAAAGCACAACACGGCCGAGAGCUGCUGGGUCAUUCUCUAUGGCGAAGUCUGGGACGUGACCGAGUUCCUCCCGGAGCACCCCGGAGGCUCCAAGAUCAUCCUCCAGCUGGCCGGCAAGGACGCGACCGAGGAGUUCGACCCCGUGCACCCCGAGGGCACGCUCAUCGAGAACAUGAAGCCCGAGGCGAAGCUCGGCCAGGUGGACAUGGAGAGCCUCAAGAGGUUAGAGGCCAAGACCCAGAAGGGGGCUCAAAAGAGCGGCGGCGGCAAGGACGGCAAGGAGCCGCCCCCGCCGCUCGAGUCGCUCAUGAACCUCGACGAGAUCGAGGACGCGGCCACGAAGCAGGUCUCGCGCAAGUGCUACGCGUACUACUUCUCCGCCGGCGACGACCUGCUGUCCAAGUACUACAACAACACCGUGUACCGCAACAUCCUCCUGCGGCCGCGCGUCUUUGUCGACUGCACGAGGGCGGACCAGUCGACGACGGUGUUCGGCCACAGGGUCGGCACGCCCGUCUUCGUGGCCCCCGCCGCCAUGGCGCGGCUGGCGCACCCGGACGGCGAGGCGGGCAUCGCCAGGGGCAUCUCCAGCUUCGGCGGCAUGCAGGUCGUCAGCCACAACGCGAGCAUGACGCCCGAGCAGAUCGUCGCGGACGCCGCCGAGGGCCAGGUCUUUGGCUGGCAGAUCUACGUGCAGAACGACCGGCGCAAGAGCGAGGCCAUGCUGGCGCGCAUCAACAAGAUGCGCCGCUCCUACAAGUUCGUCGUGCUGACCCUCGACGCGCCCGUCCCCGGCAAGCGCGAGCUCGACGAGAAGUCGCAGUUCGAGGGCCAGCUGCAGGUCUCGGCGCCGUCGCAGGGCGGCGACGCGCGGCCCGGCGGCGGCGGCAUCGGGCAGCAGAUGUUCUGGGGCACGGCGUCCGACCUCACGUGGCACACGACGCUGCCCUGGCUCCGCAAGCACACGGACCUGCCCAUCGUGCUCAAGGGCGUGCAGACGCACGAGGACGCCUACCUGGCGGCGCGGUACGCGGAGCAGAACCCGGGCUCCGUGGCCGGCAUCAUCCUGUCCAACCACGGCGGGCGGGCGCUCGACACGGCGCCGCCCGCCGUCCACACGCUGCUCGAGAUCCGCAAGUACUGCCCCGAGGUGCUCGACAAGAUCGACGUCUGGGUCGACGGCGGGAUCAGGCGCGGCACCGACGUCGUCAAGGCGCUGUGCCUGGGCGCCAAGGCCGUGGGCGUUGGCCGUGCUGCCCUCUGGGGGCUCGGCGCUGGCGGCUGGAAGGGCGUGCACAGGACUUUCGAGAUCCUCACCGCCGAGAUCGACACAUGCCUCAAGCUCCUCGGUGUGCAGAACCUGUCCGAGCUUGGCCCCAGAUUCAUCAAUACGCGGAUGGUGGAGCGGGACAUCUACGACGGAGACGCGGGGUUGGACAAGCCUUCGCUGUGGACCAAGGCGAAGAUCUAG